UUGGGUGAUAAGAAAUGCGUAAAACCUGUUUUUGAUGAAAGAGGUGUGGAAAUAUACCAUAUUUGUAUGUUUCAGAUACAAAGAAUUAUUAGGUACAAAAAAAUUGCAAAUUUGAUUACAAAUGCAAAUGUUAACUGCAUAUCAGUUACAAUUGACAGGUCGAAACGUGGUGUUGUAACGUCCUAUUAUGGGAACGCACUCGAAGCCAGGAAACCCUCGUGAGCGUCCUAGCGGUAUCAAAAAUGGAUUGACAGAGAACUUGAUAAAUCAAUAGCGACUUUCUGAAUCUGAAACUCACCGACUCCAUCAUCAUCCUCGUCAAGACAUCAUGUCAGUCCGUUUAACAGGAGAGGAGGUUCUCAGAUGGGUCAUGAGGACCUGCGUUCAGAGGUUGCCUCGUCAACACCGACCCCCUCAGAUGCAGAGGAGCCUGUUGAGAGAGUUUGACACAGGACUGACACCCAUCUGGAGGACAGCAGGGUCGUUUCAGGCCCGACUGGCUGGACAGCAAGUCAACACAGUCAGGUAUUACUGUCAAAGCAAAACACAAGACUUGGAGGCAAUGGAAGCUGAAGAGCACAACUCCAUCCAACCAGUACAAUCACCAGUCAUCCAGGCCAAGCGGGUUCCUUUCUCCGACAAGUUGAAGGAGUGUGGCUCCCCCACAGACGUCCUAGACCUGGUCUCCCUGUACACAGCCACCUCCAGGAGGGUCAGCAACUGCCUCACCCGCAUCUGGUGCAUCAACAAGACCAUGACGGAGGAACAGCAGCGAGUGGAGCUCAGGCUCAUGUUCGAGCAUGCAGGCUUUGAGGAGCUGCUCAACACGAUCAUGCUGGAGGCCGGACGCAUGCGGAGCCUUGACCUGGCCUACAGCCUGCUGGCUAUAGUGAAGCUAGGCGUGUCGCCCAGCAGCCGAGUGGUCCAGACCCUCCUCCGUGUCUCUCAGGAGCGUCUGAAUGACUUUGAUGAGAAGUCCCUGUCUGUGCUGGCCUCUGGUCUGGAGCCCAUGAAGAGCAGCCCCAAUGUUGAUGCCCUGAAAGAGGGCAUGAGGUUGAUCAUCGAGUCUCGCCUGCCAGGCAUCCAGAGCGUCAUGGCCCUGCAGACUCUGAUGCGCCACAUGGGAAAAGAUGCCCCCCCGCCGUUCAAGAGGAAACUCGAGAUGAAAGCCUUGUCCAUGACAGGGCAGUUCAGCCUCCCCAACUCUCAGUACAUGGUCUCCACUCUGGCCACCAUGGGCUUCUGUUCCAAGCCUCUGCUGGAUGUCUGCUGUACAAAGAUAGCAGGUUUCCAAAAUUGA